CCAGCGCAACAACGUUUUGUUGUCAUGAGGCUUUGGUUAGCUGCUAUGUUAGCUAGCAAGUAGUUUUAAAACAGCAGAUAACGUUAAGGUAACUAAUAUCUACGCCGUAAAGUCGUUUAUUACAGAAACAAUGGACUCAGAUUCGUUAUAUUAUUCUUUGGAACUCGUUGCCGGUAGCGGAUACACUUUAAACGUUGAGCAAAGAACCGCUCUGCAGACUUCCUUGGUGAUCCUGAAGAAAAACUACAAGUUCCACCGAGUGCUGUUUUGGGGCAAAAUACUGGGAUUAAAGGAGGAUUACUUUAUCGCCCAGGGGAGGGGAGAAAAUGAGAUGCAGGAUAAGAAGAAUCUCUAUAGCUUCAACUGCAUGGACUGGUUCCUGCUCCCCCCUGUCACGGACUCUAUGAUCGAGGAAGUGGCCAAAGCUGCAAAGGGUCGCUUCAUUGGAGACCCCACAUAUGUGUAUGACAAUGUUGAGAUCCGCAGGCAAGGAAAGAGAGAUGGCCCUAUAGAGGAGGAGGUGGUGACCAAAGUCAAUGAGGAGAGCAGGCUGGCAGUGACGGUUCAUCAGAUCGAUGAGGAAGUGUCUGUGGUACCGCGUGGUGCCAUCGUCAAGCGUCCACAUGGCCUUGUCCAGAUCAACCGCAGCUUUGGUGGUCUGUCUCACUCAGAAGCAGGGAAGCUUGACAACUUCCUUCACUUCAGCAAACCAAAGAAUCUGAAGAAGAAAUCCAUCGUGGAAAUGGGUGAUUUCAACCCAGCUAUCGACUUCCUGGAUGUGCUGAGUGAUGACAUUCCUAAAGCAUCAUGGAGUCUACAGUUUGAAUGUGCUAGCAAAGUGUGCGUGCUUCGCAGCCUAUUGUGGCUUGGCCUGACCUUCUACCAUGUGCCACUGACGCCACAGCACGGACACAUCUACAUUGGUGAUGGGACCAAGAAUUUGGACCUUCCCUUCAUGCUAUAAAAAGGAGACAUUGUACAUGCAUUUUAAGCUACAAAUCAUAAAUCAUACAUCUCAUGUUCCUCUGUUGUUUCAGGACAUUUUGUUUGUCUUAUCUUAAAACAAAUAAAGAGGUAAAGUCGUGCA